CUCCUUCCACUAUCAACUCUAAGAGACACUUUCUAUAAGAUUCUUCCUCACCCGAUCACUAACAUGAGCAUCGAGGGCCGUGCGAUGAUCGCUAAGAAAGCUUGUACUCGAUGUAGUAAAUCGAAAAAGCGAUGCGACCGCGCAAUCCCAGGUUGUAGACUCUGUACAAGAUUCGGUCGAAGAUGCGAGUAUGAGGACUCUAUGGCAUCGUCCUUAGGCCCAACCCCUUCGCAAUCCCCAGGAUUAGAGACAUUUCUUGCCUCGGAGCCAAUUACACUAAGCCACCUUAAGAACGCGGUCAUCCAUAAACUCGGGCCCUUUACACCAGAAAGUGCCGUUUCAGCGUAUCACCAGGCAAUUGAGCCGUGGUUUCCGAUUACAUCCGAACUACGGGGCCGACUCCGACCGACAUGGGACGAGACUUCUCUGGACGUUACAUUACUCUGCCUAUCCAUUUUACUUCUUACUACCAGCCCCUCUUCGACUGCAGAAAGUGACGGUAACACCUCCGAACUCGAAACCCUUUAUCUUCAAACCAAGAGUAGCCUCGCCUUAGCUGAAGGACUUGGAUUUAAUUCUUUUCCGAUCGUUCAAUCCAGGAUUUUGACAACUCUUUUCGAAGUCAGCCAUGGCUUCUAUCCAGCUGCUUAUAUCUCUAUUGGAGCCACGUUGAGAGCUGCAGAUGCACUUGAAGUUCAUCCUAGGGGAGACGCUUUGCAACCUCACUAUUCAGAUGGAGCAGUCAGUCAUGAGGAGACAAUUUUGAUUUGGUGUGGGAUUCUGGUCCUGGAUAGAUACAUCACCAUUGAAUCUGGCCCGCGUUCUUCUCUAACUCGCUCUCGAAUCGGAUGGCUACAUAACCUUCUGAAGCCCGCCCUUUGCCCAACACAUGAGCCCAAUCAGGAUAAAAAUAGCCCUGUUUCCCGCUUCGCUCGCCUGAUGGAAGCCUCCGCUAUGAUAGAUAAGAUUCACACCACCAUAAACAGCCCCACGUCAGACCAGAUAUUCAAUAUAGAAGAGAUGAUGUUGACUGUUAAAACGUCAAUCGCCCUCCAGACGAUUCUGACCGAGGAGAUCCUGGCCGAGGACCGCCUCUACUCCGGUGGGUUGGGUCUAUGUCAAAUCGCCCUCCUCCUGGCAUACGAGAACGGCACCAAAGUAUCCUCCUCAGCCAAUGCAACUGAGAAUUGGAAUUCACUUGCCACAACGUCUCUCAUCCGCAUCCUCUCUACCAUAACCAGUACAAUCGAACUCUUCACGAUGGAAACACGGUCCAUCGAUUUUAACUACUUUCCGCCGCUCGUCACCUUCUUGGUGUAUAAAGCGGCAAUGAUUAUAACGGAAAGGCUGUCGAUAGAACUCGAUGUAAAAGACGGAUUAGCAAGGUUGAGGACUCUAAGGAAGUUCUUGAGGAUCGUGGCAAAGAGGUGGUUAAGCUGUGAGCGUUACCUUAAGCUUCUUAACGAGGACACGACUCCAAGGAUGCUGAAGGCUAUCGAGCAAGGGCAAGGGUCUUUUUAGUCUGACCCAUUGGCUUGUCUUUCGCACAGCGAUGCUAGUGGGUGUUACGGCACGGUAGCUGGAUGUACACAACAUACGCGUAGCCAAAGAUAUUCUAGAUUGAGAUGAAGAGUACAAGGUGACUAUGACAGAAGAAUCUUGAUGAGGUUCCAUCUCUACGCUAGGCUUAAUCAGGUUUAGGCUCUUAGCCUACGCUAACUAUGGGCCCUGCCCAUAACAUUACCCCCCUCCUUACUCGGUAUAUAAUACGGGAGAGGGGGCG